AUGGAUAUAGAAGUUGUCCAGCUAAGGCCUCGGCCGGUAAGAACUUAUCCCCGAGUACUAGCAGGGUUGAGUUUGAAAAGAAUAAUCCCUGACUCGCAAGCGCCUUUUUGGGGUUUGGCUUUUCUGAUAUCAAGUCUGAUUGCCAUAUCCUUGGAUCCUUUGUUCUUGUACAUUCCAGUGAUCAAUGAUGAUAAAAAGUGCAUUGGAAUAGACAAGAAGUUGGGGGAUGUGGCUAUUGCUCUUCGUUCUAUCAUGGAUUCUUUUCAUUUGAUCUAUAUCUCUCUCUCACUGCGUAAUUAUUCAGGUAUUCGCUUGCGAUAUCUGCGACGUUUCUUCCUGAUUAACUUUCUUUCCAUUCUUCCACUUCCACAGUUGUUUCGGCCAAAACCUCCAAACAAGUUCUUAUGUCUGGGAAAACGUCUUCGCAAUUUCAAUUACAUUAUCCGGCUUGGUGUUUUUUCUCUAUCUCGUUGGAAAUAUGCAGGUGGAUUUAUAUAUAUGCAGUCAAAACGUGUAAGAUCAGAGGAGAAAAGAUUGGAUGGACAAGAGAUAGAGGAGUGGUCGGGGUUCAAAACGCUACCUGAGAAGCUGCAGAGGGAUAUUAGGAACCAUAGACUACUCUUAUGGCGAGAAACCAGAGGAAGUGAUGUAGACAGUUCGCUUGAUAGUCUUCCCAAGAGCCUUAGAAGGACCACAAAGAGUGCACUCGGCUUAACUCUGCUCAGGAAUGUGCCAAUAUUUGACAAGAUGGAUAGACAUGUUCUGGAGGAAGUGUGCAACCUUCUCAAGUUCAGGAUGUACAAUGAGGGAAUAGAAAUAGUUCAGAAGGGUGAUCCAUUUGAAGACAUGCAUUUUGUCAUGCGAGGUGAGCUAAUGAGCAUGGCUGCCGAGGGAGGCGGAACCAGUCUGUUUAAUGCUGACAUUUUACAGGAUGGCGAUUUCUUUGGACUAGAUCUUAUUUUAUGGUCUCUUGAUCCUCAUUCCUCAACUAAUAACCUUCCCAUCUCAGCUAGAACCAUUAGAACUUUUACUGAAGUUGAAGCCUUUUAUCUAACGGCCGAUGACAUGAAGCUUGUUGCCUCAAAAUUAUGCAAGCAGUUUAAAAGGACUCAGAUCCAGCAUGCCUUAAGGUAUUACUCGGAGCAAUGGAGGACUUGGGCAGCAUAUUAUAUACAAGCGGCUUGGCGUCGCCAUAUUGUAAAGAAGCAAAGGAAUGGGCAAGAUGAAUGGCUCAUGACCGGUGGGAUUUCGUCAAGCGCUGGUGCCAUCUAUUAUCCUUCUCAGUUUGUUAUUAACAGGCUUCUUGUUAGUCGGUGUGAUGGUAAUGCAAGCCUACCGACAAUAGAGAAGCCAGAGGAGCCAUGUUUCAUUGAUUAAGAAUAU